CAAGGGGAGUCCUUCGAAGGUGACCGUAGUACUACUCAGCAAUGAGGAUCGAGCUUCCAGAAGUGCUUUGUUAGCAUGAGGUAGGCUCAGGGAGGUGGACACCGAGAUGGAGGCUGUGGGCCCAAGAAUCUAGUGUCCGGUGCCUGAGAAGCUGCUUCCUGGAGACAUUUACACGUCAGAGAAGCGUUUGGCAAGCAUCUGAAUCGGCGAUGAUCGAGUCCUGUAACCGUGAAAUGUCCACAAGGAAGGAUCACGAACCCAAAUUUGUGAGGAAGAAAGGAUUAUAGAAAUUCACCGUGGAGAAGCACAAAGAGGGCUGAGGCAACGUUUUCAGAUGUCCAGCAGCAGUAGACGGGCCUGAACCCUUGAAUAUUGUUAUAAAAUUGGGACAGAAUGUGUGGAAGAGUUACUUGAAGACUCCCAAAAGAAAAUGGUAGCUGGCAGACUGGAGAAGAUGACAGAAGCUUGAGGACUCCUGAACUGGUGCAGGAGAAAAAUAUGCCUACUUUGUCCAAUCUGACACAGACACUGGAAGAUGUCUUCAAAAGGAUUUUUGUGACUUACAUGGACAAUUGGCGCAGGAACACGACAGCCGAGCAAGAGGCUCUGCAGGCCAAAGUGGCUGCCGAGAACUUCUACUACGUCAUCUUGUACCUCAUGGUGAUGAUCGGAAUGUUUUCUUUCAUUGUCGUAGCCAUCUUGGUAAGCACGGUGAAGUCCAAGAGGCAAGAACACUCCAACGACCCCUAUCACCAGUACAUCGUGGAGGACUGGCGAGAGAAGUACAAGAGCCAGAUUCUGAAUCUGGAAGAAUCCAGGGCCACCAUCCAUGAGAACACUGGGGCAGCAGGGUUCAAAAUGUUUCCUUGACAAACGGGAAAGGCACAAAGCCAGCCCGUGACAUCCACACAUGAAGAGACGCCCAUGUCCACGUCCAUGCCAUGGAGCACAUCCAAUUGUCAUUUCUUAGAAGAACCGAAGUUCCUCGCUCUCUGUUGAGAAUUUUCAUGGAGAUCACGUGGUUGGUUCACGAAGACAAGUCGCAUUUCAAUCUCAGUGACUGAUGCGUGCUCGUCAGAGCAAUAUUUUAUGCUGAAGACUUCUUUUACUUUCUGUAAAUGU